AUGGCGCCUCAGCGGUGCAACGAGGAGGCCAGCAGCGCUGCGCCCGCCGAGGGCAGGGGCAUCAGGCGCCGCGUCGAAGACCUUGAGGGUGCGACGCCUUGCGGAGGAGACGCUCGUGAAUCCACAGACCUCUUGCGGAGGAGAUGGGCCAUGGGAUCCAUCAGCAGCCCUGACGUGAUCAAGUUCGCCAAGGCCGCGGCCUCCCAGGGAGCGCAGAACAUCGGCGCUUACGCUGGCACAUCCAACCUGCAAUCCAAGCUCGCGUUCAGGGCAGUGUGUCGCGCCAUUGGCACGCCAGCUCGAGCGCCGCAGAUCAGCUGGGCAGAGCUGAAGAACACCAACGGCGACGUGAUCUUCCACCCGUUCGUCGACCCGAUCGACACGUUGGAGGCAUGGUACCGUAAGGGCCCUUUGGUGUUCAACCAACGGAUCACUGGAGAAGAUGGCGAGACCGCCCAAUUCUGGCACGCCCUUCGGGAUCACCCGACCUACAAGUGCAAUGCUCCGCGUAUAUCGUCCAUUAUUGUACCUUUGGGCCUACAUGGCGAUGCUGCCCCGACGUCGAAAGCCGACGGCCUUUUCACGCUUCAGUUCAAUCGCCUGUUAGGCCAUGGCGACACGAUUGCUACGAGAGAUAUCGUCACAGUAUUCAAGAAGUCGGAUCUCGACUUAGACAUGUUCGAGCAGAUGGUGGAUCGCAUUGCCUGGAGUUUCAACGCAUUGUUCAAAGGCGUGAUGCCCGCUCUUCAGCACAACGGCGUGCCUCACCCAGAGGCAGGCAGAACGUUGUGCUAUGGGAGAAACUUCGCUACCAUUCAGAUGCGAGGUGAUUGGGAGUACUACUCGGAUUUCUUGCACCUCAACAGGUGGAACAGCGCGGAGUGCUGCUACUUGUGCGGCGCGACCCUCGCAGGAGGCGACAUGCGUCUCAGUAACUUCUUCAAGAUCAUAUCUUUCAGGUUUGAGGGCAUCAUGGUAGAUAUUCUCCAUUGUUUGGACCUGGGCGUGUCCAGCCACCUAAUAGCAAACGUGCUCGUCGAAAUCAUGGUGCGUGGGCAAUGGGGCCCGAACAGGGAAUCACACAUGCAAGGGCUUGUGGCCGACAUUAAGCAGUGGUACCGCUCGCAUAAGCUCGCCCACAAGCUGCAGGGCGAGCUUGUCUUCGCCAGGCUUCGCACGCAGGCCGACUGGCCGAAGCUAAAGGCAACAGCUGCUGCCACCCGUUGCCUCGUCCCAUACGCGGCGGAUUUGGCCAAGCGCUACAAUUCGGGCUCCGAGCACGAUCGGUUGCGGCUUGCUGCGUGCGAGCUCCUCGCGCGCUUUUACGAUUUGGCAUACGAGAAUGACAUGUUCCCACCCCAGCCAGUGAAGGACGAGAUGGCGCAGCUGGCCCGUGCUUUCAUGAAUGUGUAUGGGAGACUUUCGGUGGGAGCAAUUGCAAACGGAAUCAGGGCAUGGAAAAUGACACCAAAAUUCCACAUGUUCGUUCACAUGAGCGAACACCAGAACGUGAUCAACCCUCGCUUCUACUGGACCUACAGCGACGAGGACCUGCAACGGAUCAUGAAAGAGAUCGCGAAGAGCCUCCACCCAAGCUCGGCCAGCGACGGCACGGAGUGCGCCGAGCCGGACCCCGUGGACGGCCCCGUCGCCCCGCAGAGCUCGGAGAGGACCCUGUCUGUCGUCAGCACGUUCAACGCGUCGCACGCGAGGUCCAAGAAGUCCAAGGAAAUGCUCAGGAAAAGGCACGCCAGCGAGGUCAUCCGUGUCGCGGAGUUCACCAAGGCCCUGACCGCGAGGCACGGCUCCCUCCAGAAGGCCUUCCGCGAGCUCGCGAUGAGCGACCGCGACUUCACCUGCACGGGCUAUCUCCCAAUACCCGAUCUUCGGGACGCUCUCCGCAACAUGGGAUUCGAGUUCGACCUGCGGCUUCUAGCCAAGAUUUUCGGAAAGGCUGGGUUGGACGACCCGCUAGAGUUACACGAGUUCGAGUGGACACUGGCGGCCUACGUGUCGGAGUCCAUGGAGCGCAAAGCCUCGUGCUACUUCCAGCCUGCCGCGUCGAGCGCCGACACCGACUCGAAUGCGACGCCACGCAUCCCGCGGGCAUCCUCUGCCUCGAGCGAUGACCUGGUCCCGCGGCUGUCCCUCGAAGACCCUGGCGGCUCCACCCUCGACCGCGCCUCGGAGCCCGAGGCGCGGGCGCCGCGCGCGCCAUCCUCUGCCGGCUCCGAGGCGGAUGCCGCCGCGCAAAAGCUCCCCGGCGCGGCCUCGCCGCCGCCGGGCGCCGCGGGGGCGCCAGCCGCCGAAGGCCCCGGCCAUCGGCGAGCGUCCGCCUCGCUGGGCGCCUCGCCGGGCGCGGCCGCGGGCGCGGCCGCCGCGCGGCGCCGG